AAUGACUACAACAGUUUAUUAUCUCUACGAUAACAGUAGGCACACAACAACAAUACAGAGCAAACAGUAGACACUCAUUCCUCUAACAACCAUUGUUCUGUCUCCUGUACAUAAACCUGUCUGACAGACGACCUUCAGUUUGUGUGUCAGUUUGUGUUUAGUCUGUAGGAGGAGCUAAGAGCGCAGACCGGCUACUGAACACUAUGCAACAGUCUCUUACUGUCUACCCUCCACUCACCCUGCAGAAAGGAUAUACAGUAAGACUACUAGUUAAUGUGCAGUCAGCAUUCAAAGUUGGCGAUGCUGCAUGGCUGCAUCCCUGGUGUUCAGACUACAUGACAGAGGACCAGAGGUGGUGAGGGAGGUGCUUCUGGAGCGAGGAUGGGAGGAAUAUGACGGAGACGAACGGGAGGAGGAAGACUGGAACCUGUACUGGCGGGGCUCUACGUUUCGCAACUCAGAAUAUCACAACCUGUUGCCAUGGCAGCGCCUCAACCACCAUCCCAAAACUGUUGGCAUCACACGCAAGGACUACUUGGCACGCAACCUGAGGAGAAUGAGAGCCACGUUCGGUUCAUCUCUCUACGACUUCAGUCCUACCGCCUUUAUCCUCCCAAACGACUACACCCGCUUCCUGUCUGAAUACAACAAACUGCGUCUGAUCAGAGGGCCGUCGGUCUACUGGAUAUGUAAGCCUGUGGAUCUCUCCAGAGGCAGAGGGAUCUUCAUCUUUGAGGAUAUCAAGGACAUGGUCUACGACUGCUCUGUGAUCGUACAGAGGUACAUCAGCAACCCUCUGCUGAUCUCCGGCUACAAGUUUGACCUGAGGAUCUACGCGUGUGUGAAGAGCUUUCACCCACUGACUGUUUACAUCCAUCAAGAAGGACUGGUGCGUUUCGCCACCGAGAAGUACAAUCUGUCGUCUCUGCAUAACCUGUACGCUCACCUCACCAACACCAGCAUCAAUAAGUUCGGUCCCUUCUACAAGACCGAAAAAGAGAGAGUGGGCCAAGGAUGCAAGUGGACCAUGAGCAAGUUCAGGCAUUUUCUCCACAGCCAAGACAUCAACGAGCUUCUCUUGUGGCAGAGGAUCAACAACAUCGUCACGCUGACCCUCCUCACCAUCGCUCCCUCCGUCCCCUCCUGUCCCAACUGUGUGGAGCUGUUUGGCUUUGACAUCCUGAUUGACGUCAUGUUUAGACCUUGGCUGCUGGAGGUCAACUACAGCCCUGCGUUGACUCUGGACUGCCAGGCAGAUAUCACAGUGAAGAAAGGACUCAUUAGCGAUCUGAUUGAUUUGAUGAACUAUACAAUGAUUGACAGUUUGAGAGAGAGGGCUUAUCAGAGACAAGGGUACAAGCAGCCUUGUUUCCAUUCAAUACCGCCUGUGCUCACCAAGUUUAAAGAAACCAAGUUUAAGAAGCGAAGGAGCGGUAGCCAGUCCACACAGAUGCUCCCUCUGAUAACAAGUCAUCGCCCACCUGAAAAGAUGAACCAAAGACAGUCCAGACAUGCUUUUGUAGCGGACUACCAAAGGCACCUUCCCCCUGUUGACCUAAAUAAGAUAUAUGCAUACAAGAGCAGAAUAGUUAACACCAAAACCCACAACGACAAGACCCUGAACCUGAUCCUCGGCCCACAUUCAAAGACAAACGUGUCAGUGGUAAACAGACAGACGUGUCCAGCUCUCGCACCGUGGCUGAUGGACAACAGGGGUCUUCACGUGUCUGAGGUUACAAACCGUGACGACGCUGAAACAGAAGCUGGGCUGGAGCUCUCUGGAGAGACAGACGUUUCCUCUUCGAUACCUGAUAUCCCACACAGGGGGCUGGGAUUCAGACAUUCAAAGCUCCCGAACAUUUGCAGUGGGAGUCACAGACCAGUAAGGAUGGAGAGGACCACAGCACUGAACGGACAACACGUCCCUCCGCUCAGAGUUGGAGACUUCAUACGGACAUUCCCCUUUAACACAGCCACUCUGAGGGCCUCGCAGCAUCAACUGGAUGUUAAAAUGGUCAUACAGGAGCUUCACAAGCUCACUGCUCAGCUGGCUUCAUCAGGCAAGAAGUUGAAGAGAGAGGAGGAGGAGGAGGUGAAGAAGGAGAUAGAUGGUGACUUUGAUUCACUGUUGUGGGGGCCAAAGGAUCCUCCAUUGCUCAGUCAGUGCUUUAAACCCACUUAAAGUGGCGUUCCUUUUUUUUUUUUUUUUACUUUCUGG